UUGAUAGCGUUAACUUUAAACUUCAUUAUCGUAAUUUAAAUAUUGUCCCCACCGCGUAGUAAAAUAUUUUUUUAAUAAUGCGGUUUUACAUCUUAAUUUUAUACUUUGUGUAUCAAAAUGUGUAUUCGGAACUUUUCACAACUUAUGUAAACUUUGAGAGAUAUUAUCAAAUGGAAGAGGAAUUAAUAGUCCUGACGGAUUUAGUUAUUCAACAGGAAAGGAUAAUACACGGGGAAGACGUUCAUAACUUUAAUAAUAUAACACAUACGAUCGACGAAGCUAAAUCGAUCCACUUGCAGCAUGUAGAGGACAUCGAAACAUAUCUCUCCCAUCCUAUAAAUACAUUUCGUCUGUCCAGACGGCUCGCCCAAAAUUGGAAACAGAUAAUUGGACAGAUGAUGGAAACAGACACGUGCGUAAAAGCCUUAAGAGUGAAAUUACAAAAUAUGGAGGAUAAUAUCCCAGACGACAAGCAGCUCACAGAAAUUGCUAAUUCCGUGCUCAAUUUGGAACAAUUUCACAACAUAACAAUUGGCGAACUUUUGUUGGGCGAGAUUAAUGGUCAUUUACCUCAUGAACCUUUAAAGCUUGGAGAUCUUGUGUAUAUAGCAAAGGCCGCAUACGACACUGAACAGUAUUACUAUACCAUCACAUGGCUGCGUCACGUAACAAACGAAAUAAAGGUUCAACGAAUUGAUGAUGUCGAUGGCGAAUAUACAAAAGCCGCUGUUUAUAGUUUACUGGCGUCAGCAUACUUUAAAAUGGGACACAUCAAACCAGCAGUUGACUUAACAGAUGAGAUUCUAUCAUUCGACCCAGACAAUGUUAUAGCACAGAGAAAUAAGAUAUACUUUGACACAGUGGAGGAGAGAAAUCCUAAAAGUAUUACUAAAACUAAACCUUCUGAAAAAGUCAAGAGAUUGUUCCAUAAGAUAUGUAACCAAGGCGUUAAACAAAAAAUGUCUAGAGAGAAAUGUUUAUAUUUUCCAUUACGAAAUAAAAUGUGGUACAUGAAGUCUAAUAUCAAAGCAGAAGUACUGAAAAAGAAACCUCUUAUUAUAUAUUUCCACGAUCUGAUAGACAAUAAAACAGCUAAUGCUUUGAGAUACAUGGGUUACGAAACGUUAAUGAACAGUACCAGUAAAUACAGAUACAGUUAUCCUAGACAAAGUUCUAUUGUUUAUGACAACACUAAUUGGAGCUGGGUUCAAAAAUUAAAAGAAAAAUUCUACAGUAUGGACAUCAGUAACAAACUGGUUACAAAGUCAAAGUUCAAUGUGAUGAAUAUAGGUUUGGAGGGAUCUAUUAGGAAACCACAAAGGAACAUUUAUCCAUAUCCACUUGGGUCCUUAGUAGUUGGAUCGUUUAUAGUUUCUCUGUCAGAGAGAUCAUUAGGAGGGGAAUUGGUCUUUCCUUUAGCCAACACUAAAGUAUCAAUCAAUAAGGGAGACGGUGUGUUUUAUGAAGAAACAGCACUUCUGACAAUGUGUCCAGUGGCUUAUGGUAGUCAGUGGUAUGGAUUUCAGUAUUUAUACCAAGUACCAUACUCGCAUAAAAUAUGUCCACCUAAACGACACGUCAGGAGGGGAUAUUAGUAGAAAAUCAUUCGAACAUUUGAUUAUCAGAGAAGCAUUUUGUGACAGUUAUAUUUGUGCAGAAUUUAAAAAGUAUUUAACUUGUUAUGAACACAAUUUACUAUAAUAAUAAAAACGUAUGUACUUAUAAGUGCCAGUCUUUGUAAAAAUCAGGCAAUUUAGGUUAAAAUCAAAACAUGAUCAAGAAAAACACAGCGAGCUAUUUAAUACUAACCUUCAUCCUGAGCUAAACAAUAAUUGGUCUUUCGUGUGUGUGGGUCUGGUAAUAUCAAAUAACUUGGUUAGAAAAUUGGUUGGAAUGAUAGCAAAUUACAGAGGUAUCUCCCCUUAUUCGUUAAUUUCUAGUGCAUUUCAACCAAAUUGUAUCUUCCAUUACCAGAACAGAAAACGGAAAAGAAUGUUAUGUUUGUGCAUAACUACAUUUUGUGAACUGAAAUCAAUGGCAAAUUGUUUUUUUUUGUCAUGUUUUCACCACUGCCUGAUUCUUAGGCAGACUGGCACUUAAUUGUGAGAAAAAGUUACUAUAACAAAAUUAUUACUAAAGAGAUUGGUAUGUCUGCAAUAAAUGCAGUUGAGGUAUGUAAAAAACUGACACUAGUGUGAUCUAUUACGUCAAAAUGGAAACUAGGCGUAUAACAGUAAAUCAUGCAUGUUUUUAAACUUGGCAUUACGUGAUGAUGUGGAUAGUCACCAUUCAUGUUAAAUGUAAUGAAUUUUAAAAGGUCACUUUAAUUUUGUCUUCAAUAUUGAAUAUUUAAAACAGAUAUAUCAUGUAUAUGAUUGUAAAACCUAAACGGUGACAAGGAUAUAAAUAUAAUGCCACUUUUGGUCUUAGUCCGACUGGAAGCGAAAUCAUUUAGAAGAAGAAAGGAAUGGGAAAUACGCAGUAAUCUAUAAUCUUGUGAUGAACUUUGAACUUUAAUUGUGUGUAUAUACUGCUUGUAGAAAAGACAUAGAAAAAUUACUGGUUUGAUAAAUAGAAAGCUAGACAUAAAGCACUAAUUGUUUUGAAUGUAUUUUGCAAUCAAAUCUGCUUUAUCUUAAAACAUGAGUAAGAAACUGUUAUUCUUUAAUUGCGUAAUAGCAUAACAAUACAGUGCUAUUUGAAAAUUGACUGUUAAAAAUUAAUGCCUGGGAUAAUUAUAAUUAAUAAAGAUGUAAACCAG